AUGCUUACCACUAGCCUAUUUGAAGUUAUUCUAGGUCAUAUUGGGCAUAAAGGCAAGAAACGAACUUGGGAGGUCGCACCUCAGUGGGCGUUGUAUAGCGAUGACCGGUCUGACCGGUGGUCUGCCGCGACAGGUGAGCGAAUUGUAAAAGGAAAGUUAAAGAAACUUGGUAGUGGAAACUUAGCGAUUGCGGUCGUUAUGAAGCGCGCCGCCGGCGAGGGCGUUUGUUCGGGGGAAAUCGCUGUAGCCUCAAAGAUAUCUAUUAUCUGUUGCUUCAUAUUUAUACUAGCGGCCCGCCUGACUUCCUCUUUUGUAGGUGGC